UGUCCUGCCCGGCAGCCUGGUAUGAGAAUGAGGAGCUGGAUACCAUAUUGUGCCAGACAGAUUUUACUUUAACAAGAGAGUAUUAAUAUACUAUUUGUCACCAGGCCAGACAGGGGACAGACAUGGGGAUGGGGAAUAGAAACACCACAUGAAGAUGUAACUGAAUAAAAAACAUCAAGAAUAAUUCUACCAGGGAGAACCUUUGUUUUUAUAUGUGUCUAUAUGUGAGACCGUAUGUGUCUGAGUGCGUGGGGGUGAGUGUGUCUGUAUGUGUACGUAUAUGUUUGUGUACAUAAGCCUGUUACAGAAUGUAGUUCAUAGUGAGAGUGGGAUGCCACAACCGCGCCACACCGUCUACAGCGACAGGCAGGCAAGACCCCCAGUAGCCAAUAGGGGUGACGAACCGUGACGCGAACGCAGAAGACCCCGACCCGACCAACAAUUGCCAAAGACACCGGCCAUCCAAAUGCCAAUUGACAACGCCAUGCCGUUGGAAAGCAAAAGGCGGAACCCGCAGAAGAGACUGACCGCGGCGCGCACACAACAGAGGCCAGUGCCACCCCGCGACCGGCCGCGGAACGGGCAACCAAACCGACAAAAUGCCACGCAAUCAACAUCAGCGCGCAACCCCAACCCGCACGAGCACAGCGGCACCCACCGCCCGGCAGCACCCCGUGUAUCCCGCGCGCGAGGCCGAGCAAAUGAGAGAGCAAGUGGCAGAACACAACGGCGAAAGCCAGGAGAGAACAACACUAGCAACAUCUUCCAUGCACAGCACACCCUCCAGCCGCCGUGUAACGCCAGCCAAACCAGCAACGAGGCAAAAUCAACUAGCCCAGCUGCAUGUCACCGCCCACCCACCCGUCAAGGGCCGGGACACACCACGCACACACCCUGCGCAUCCAGACAACCAACUACCUCAGUCUCCAGAGGGGUCCGACAACCGGUCGACAGAGAAACAGGGGAGCACGGAUCUGAGGCAGCAGCCCCCCAGAGAAAAAAAAAAAACAAGACAUCAAGAUGCAUCUACAAUCGCCCCACAAUCAGACCGACCCGCGCUGCGCCCAGACACCCCCAACCCCAGUAGCCAGGGCACCCUGCGACUCCCCAAAGCGCAAAGGACCCCAGACCACAUGUCCCUGGGAGAGCUGCGCCCCGCCCCAAGGGAGAACAGCAGAGAGCCGUGCCGAGGAACUCCCCGCUGCCAGGGAGCGAUAACGCGGGAAAACCAGGGCCGACAGACCCCCAGCCCAGCCGGAGGCAUCCUCCCCAGAGCGCAGGCAGAGCCAGCAGUCCCCAAGCUCUGUAAACCCGAGGCAGAAAAAGUGUAUUGGAUUAGAAUUGCAUAUCCCAAAGUAAACCAAGACUACCUCUUCCAACACUGCCAAAUAUUAAAUUUAAAAGAUUUACUAAAAGUAUUAUCAUCAUUAUGUACUUCAGUAUCAAACGUGAAAGUAUGAAACUCUUUAUGCAGAAUGGUUUCUGUCAGUCUUAUAAGUAAAAAACACAUACUUCAUAGGAUAUUAUCAAAAAUAUUGUUAAAUGAAUUGCUGUGGCAUUAAGAUGUCAGCUUCCAUUCAAGGUAGUAAUUUCUUUAAAAGUCUAGUACUUUUCAGUGAAAUACAUUAACAAACUGCAUUUAAGCCACACUCAGAUUUGAUAACAACUUUGUCAUCCUGUCAUCUUCAUGACAUGCAAUAUUUAAAUUUUGUAACCCGGAAAAAGCCAACAGGGUUUUCUUGAAAUGAUUACGCUGUUAAAAUGGGAACACCCGAUCCAUGAUGUAUGCAUGUAUUCAACAUCUGUGCAGUAUAUAUAAAAGGUGCAGUAUCAACAUCACCACAGAAAACUGAUCCACAGUACUUACCUGAUCAUCAUGAUGAAGCUGAUCCUUUCUCUGACUCUCAUCUGGGCGCUCUCCAGCACAGCUGGAGCCCUUCAGUGUCUACGCUGCACAAAUCCAGACUGUUCAACCACAGUAACAUCAACAUGUUCUUCAGAGACCAUGUGUACAACAGCUUUGAUUCAAACCCCUUCAUUUGGAGUUACAGUCCCGCAAAUCAUCAAGGCGUGUGCACCAUCCUCCGUGUGUCCAGCUACAGGCUCUCAGGCAUUUUCAUUCAACGCGGGUCUUGUGCAGAUAGUUGCAUCUCUUCAGUGCUGCAACACAGAUAACUGCAACACAGACAAUGUACCUAAGCCUGUUCCUCAGCCAAACAGCCUAAAGUGUUUCACUUGUGACCCCCUCAUUUCUCACUGCAACUCAUCUCAAUUACAAUGUAAGGGAGUGGAGGACCGCUGCUUUAAAUUGAAUGUGACGAAUGGAGGCAAUACUUCUCCAUUCUCUGGCUGUGCAUCUGCAAACCUGUGUGCACUUGGUGCCAACCUGAGUAGCCUACCUCUCUUGCAAGGUUUUGGUAACAUCAGUACACCCUCCUGCUGUGGGACCAGUUUGUGUAAUGCUGUUACAACAACUGCCAGUGACGCCGGCUGUAUGAGUCUGCUGCUGGGAGUCCUCAUCUUUACCCUCCGUUUUUUUGAAGCCUAAUUUUGGGUUUACUUGGCAGUUAGUGGGGCUUUGUGGGACACAAAGGCAGCAAUGAAAUAGACACACAAACACACAUGUACAAACAACAGAGGGGAUACUACCUUUUUCAUGGCUUUAAUUUACUGGGUACAUACUCAAACGAAAUAAUAGCUUUCUUAAUCAAAUCUAAUUGAAUGCUGUAACAUUAUAUUAAAUUUGAGGUUUUGUAGCAAAUUGUACAAUUAUAUUACUCCAUUUUAGAAAAAUACGAAUCUUUGAUAUUAAUGUAAGACUCAAUAUGAGAAGGAUUGUUGACACUCUUUAUUAUUGUUUAACCUUUUUUGUAUCUUAUUAUCAAUUUUAUGGAUCUUGAUCUGCAGUAUUUCCUCUGUCUUUAUCUGUCUUAUAUUUAUCUACUAUGUUGUUAAGCAACAAUACACCAAAACAAAUUCUUUGUAUGUUAACUGACUUACCAAUAAAGCUGCUUUAAUUUAAACAAAAUAUGCUCUGAUAUUGUCACAGUACAGGUGCAGAAUUCAAAUCUAAUUGCCAGUCAGCAGUGUUGGGCAGUAACGCUUUACUCAGUAACUCGUUAGGCCUACUGUGAUUGGUGGAUUAUGUCUCUGCUCAGCAGCGGAUUGGUGGCUGCAGUUCCAGCUGAUGGUAAAUGAUUGGCUAAAUAAACUGGAAAGGCUCGUGAUCAGGGAGGAUAGUGCUGA